GUAAGCUUGUUGAUAUGAUAGCAGAGGGGCAGGAGGGCCCAACAACCAUCCACCAGCACCAUAACAAUACAGGAACAGAGUCUAACAGCAAACCGAGCACCAUCAAGAGUUCGCUCCUGAUAUAGUUAACAACUUCCUCUACCCGCAUUCCACAAUAGCCGUCCGGAACCAUGUCUUCGGAAAAGGGUCUCCAAAAGUUCUCCCUAGCCUACCUCUCCCACCUCGCAUCCUCCGAAACACCCCCGACCAUUGUCGAGGCGCUCGCAGAUCUGGAAACAGAAGCAGCUUUAACUCCCUUCUCAUCAGACUCUGCCAUCCUUCUAUCAAACUUCUACAGCAUCUACUUCUUCGCCCUCUUCCUUUGCGAUGACUUGUAGCCCCCCCCCCAGUUUCCACAUGGAUAUAACGUGAACUAACACAAAGCGCCUCGGAACCAGAAAUGAAGCACGCUUCCUUAGCAAGCGUAUCCCCCUACCAGCACUCCAAUCGGACCCGCUGCUGAUCAGCACAUACACGCUCCUUCGCUUCCUCUACACCAGGAACUACGCCGAGACAUACACCGUUAUCGAUUCCGCUCCUUGGUCCGAACAUGUCAGCCCUCUUGUCUUCCGCUUCAAGGACUAUUAUCGACAGAAGACGGCGGUAUUGCUGUCCAAGGCAUACUCGAGUAUUUCUCCGGUUCACGCGGCCGUUUACCUGGGCUUUAAGGGUGACGAAACCGGGUUGCAGGAGUAUGUUGCAGAGAGGGGGUGGUUGCUGGAUGAGAGUGGGCUUUUGAAGCCCGCGCCUACGGAGGUUGAGGAAGGGGGGAUGGAUACUGACGCUGAGGGCAAUGACAUGAGGAUUGCGAUAUUGUCUGGGCUCGUUACCCACUUGACGGAGGUUUAGGGUGGAGACGGAGAGAUAAAGGGGAAAGGUUAUAAGUAGGGGUGAAUUGUAAUUAGGAGAUGGCUGGUUAAGCUGGGUCCUAGACAAAACCUUUUUCCAACUUUAGUUUUAAUGAACCGCUGACGAAAUCCCUCCUUUUUUGGUUGUUGUGAACCCUUGGAACAGUACCUAUAAUAUCAUACAGUACGACACCGUUAUAGCAUACGCCAACACCAAACCCCCCAACCAAAUGCCCACGGGAAAAAAAAAAAAACUCCAACACCAAUGUAUACGGUACAGUACAG